AUGGGUUGUCGUAGCUGGUUUGCCCGCUUGAGGCGAAAGAAGACUCCGAAGGCGGAUGAACAACCUCGCCAACCGGGAUCAUCUUCACCACCACGAAAAGAGGUCGAGCUACCUCCAAAGCCAGUUCAAACGGCAUCCGAACCCCACGAGUUACUUCUGCCAGAUGACACCCACACCGAAGAAGGCUCGUUGGUUCUUGCUCGCGAGAUCUGGAACGAAGCCUAUGAAAAGCUCAGGGCGGAUGCAUCGACCAGAAGCCUCGUUGAUGAAUAUGAGGAUACUCUGCACAAAAGGCUCUUGACCUUGGGGAUUAAUCGGCCGCAGGUAACCAAGACCAGUGACGAAAAGGGAAAUGUCGCCAACGAACUUGCCAACCUUGAUGAUUCCGACCGUAAGACUCUGCUGGAAACCAUCGCGAAUGAACGCCUGGAGGAUAUUAAGAAGCAUUCCAAGAGCCAGCAAGUGCUCGAAGCGGUAGUUGGGUCUGCCAACAAGAUCACAUCGGUCGUGGGAGGGGCACUUGCUGCUUGUCCUCCUGCUUCGUUUGCUUGGUCGGCAGUCUGCAUGACUAUUGUUCCCGCAAUCGGCAACAAUAUCGACCAAAUCGUGGAAAACCAAGAAGGCCUCAACUACGUGGUAUCCAAGCUGCCCUGGUACAUUCAACUAAUCGACCUCCUCCAUUCCAGCAGCUGGAACCAUUCAGACCAAUUUCGCAGACUGAGUCGGACUAUUCGCGAUGAAAUCGUCGAUCUGUACAAAACCCUCAUUUUGUAUCAACUGCAGAGUUUCCGUUCUUAUCGCCACCCCGUCGCAACGCUGGUGAAGAACACCGUCCGGUACCACAACUGGAAGCAGAUGAAACAGGACAUUGAAGCCGCUGAGCUUCAGCUGGACAAGGGGAUAAAGGCACACCACAAUACCAGUGUUCAGUCUAAAUUCGAUGAAUUGGUCAGGGAGACAAUGAGCACCCGGCAGAUCCUCGGACACCUGUUCGAGACACAUGUUAAGAUCUCGAACCAGGUCAUGGGCAUCGGUAACAAGAUGAUGGACUUGAUGGAAGACAAGGAAAGACAUGAACUGAUCAGCAAAUUCAAGCCGGAUCCUACGCAGCUCAACCUGUCCAGCUAUGCAGACUCAUACAGACUCAUAUCUCGACCACAUGCGGAUACUCUGCAGGGCAUCUAUCGCCACCCAAUGUUCCAACAGUGGAAGAACAGUCAGCAAGGCCUGUUGGUAUUAGCCGCACAUCCAGGAACUGGCAAGUCUGUUCUGGCAAAGGCAGUGGCCGAGUCAGAAGCCAAAGGCACAGUGGUGUGCUCAUUCUUCUUCAAGCGAACCGGACACCAACAGAAUCGCCCUGAUAUUGCUGCUGGGAAGAUUUUUCAUGAAUUCCUCAAGCAGCUUCCAGAGAUCGACAUGUUGAAACCCACACUCAGGACGCUGGAUAAGGAGGAAAUCCGGCAUGAUUCAGACACGGUUUGGAAUCUCAUCAGCAUGGCAACAAGUGGUCCCAUCAAUCACAGCGUGACUAUCGUCUUGGAUGCACUCGAUGAAUGUGAUCCAAAGCACAUUGAGUCUCUCCUCCAGCAGCUUAAGCGAUAUCAUGCCCGUAAUCCGAAGCCUCAAGUCAGGUUCCUGGUUACUACUCGACCGAUACCGAGUAUUGUGCGGGCAUUUGACCAGGCAAUCAUCCUCGACAUGGACAAGGAUAGUAUCUGCCGACAGUCCAUUUCGAAAGACAUCAAUCGAGUAACUCGAGAUCGAUUCUUCGAGUUUGUCGACGCAAAAGGAAUCGAGAAUGAGGGGAUCAGAAAGAAACUGCUCGAGCGUUUAGAACGACACAACGACAGUACAUAUCUCUACAUGAAUUUACUCUUCCAAUACUUGAAAAGCCGAAGCCGUCCAUUAAACCAGGCAAAGUGGAUUGGGAUUUUUGAAAAAGUCCCAGAAACAGUAUCGAGUGCCUAUCAUGAGCUACUCAAGGGUGUCGAUGAAAGCAAACGUGGAGAGGUCCGAGCAAUGCUGGAGAUUACCCUCGCAGCAACACGACCACUUCAUCUGCGCGAGAUGCAGACAGCACUUCUACUGUACUUUGACGAAUAUAGUGCGGAUGUGUGUUAUAUGUCGGAUGAUUCAUUCAAAAAGCUCAUCCAUGAGACUUGUGGUUUUCUUCUGGAUAUAUACGAGGAUCGGAUCUACUUCAUCCACCUGACUGUGACAGACUAUCUCCUGUCAAACGAGAGACCUGCUUGGCUGGAAGGCUUUAGCAUCGAGAAGUGCCAUCAAACACUGGCCAAAUGCUGCACUGCAUACCUCACCCAGCCCCCAGUCACAGAUAUGAUCAAGUCAGAGCGAUUCAUGACUGCCGAGCAAUACGCACAGGCACCGCUUUUCAUUCAGUUCGAGUAUCAGCAGUGGUUCAAAAAAUUCCCCUUUGGCGAGUAUGCAUUUCCCAUGUGUAUUAUUCAUAUGAGAGACAGCCAGGAGAAACAGUCCCCCCCAGCACCCCUUGACAUCGCUCAGCAGUUUGGACCAUAUCUCGACCUGGUCGUGUCUAUAUUCUGUUCCUGUGCUCUACUGUCUCAUAUCGCAGCUGAUGAAUUUAAACGCGCAUUACCAGUCGACUAUCCAGCCCGAAACUAUGUGCUUAGUGCUCUCAGUCAGUCCCUUCUGGAGCGGUAUAAUUUGAUAGGCGGGGUAUCUGAUCUGGAGUAUGGCAUCAACUUGGCUGAGGCUGUCCGGCAUCAAACGGUAGAUGACCAUCCCCAUCUUGCAAGACGUCUGGGAGUCCUCAGUCAAGGAAGGCUGUGGAGAUACGAAUGCACCGUCAAUAUGGAAGACCUAUACCCUGACCGCGGUCUGGUACUCUUUCGACUCGCUUCAGCACUGAGAAUGAGAUAUCUCGCCAAAAAGAACAUUGAUGAUAUCAACCGCGCAAUCGAUGCUAUUGAGGCAGCGGUGGAUGCCGUCAAGGACACCCCAGGCGGACAUCCAGAUCAGGCAAACUUCCUCAACACAGUCGCUGUCUGUCUAUUCAGCCGAUAUGCCGAGUUACGCCAGCUCGAGGAUAACAACCGGGCUGUUGACGCUUGUGAACAGGGUUUGGCAUGUCUGCCUCAAGACCACCUAUUCCAAGCAUUUAUAUUGAACAGCUUGUCAUACUGGCUUGGUGAAAGACACAAACACGUCGAGUGGAAUGAUACAGAUAGUCUGCAGGAUAUCAAGGAGGCGGUUGCUUUAGCCCGGAAGGCUGUUAGUAUUGGGUGGCCUGUUACAUUCCAGCCGGUGUAUGUUCAGAACCUCGCUGUUCAGCUGGAGGGCCUUUAUGACACGACUGGACAAAUUGAGCUUCUCGAGGAGGCUAUCAAGAAUGCUCAAUUGGCGACGGAUACAAUGAAGUCGAAUAGGAUUCUUCAAUCUGACUUUAAGGUGUAUCUUGGGCAGGUACGGGCGAGGUAUCAGAUGGUGCAAGGGGAAUUGGCUACAAUAUCACCAUGA